GUACAAGAUAUGCUGAUGUUGCUUUGCUUGAGAGCUCUGAAGUUUAAGUUUACUGGUAUUGAAUAUCUUUUUCUACAAAAUCUUGAUUGAAACAGUUGGAGUGGAAUGGGCUGUACAUGUUUGACUGAAACGUGAAUGAUUUAGACCCGUUUAUCUAUUCUUGUCACUGUCAUUUUGGUUAUUCAGCUUCAAAAUCUACCCUCUGCAGAAAAAAAAUCUUUGCUUUUCAACCAAAAUAUUGGUCAGCAUGCUAUUUCCGAUUACUAAUUAAAAUUGAAAUAAUUGUUAUCAUAUAGCCACUAUUCAACUGUGGAUAUUCCUACUAGUUUAUGCUCUUGCAGAAUAUAUAUUUGUCAACUAUAGCUUUUCAAAAAUAGUAAAAGAAGAUAUUUGUAAUGCUCAACUGUUCAAAUUUAAAGUGACAAUUCACAUUGAGAGGCAGUUACCAACCUAAUUAUGGACCAAAAUUUUGUUAUAUUGUUGUCGGAACACCAACAAUAAAGGUUCCUUGACUAAUUUUAGGGGGAAAAAAAACUUAGUGAAGUGAGGUUAGACGAGUAAAGAGGGGAUCUGAAAUUUAGAUAGUUCAUGGAGUCGAAGUUAGCAUCAUUGUUAAAAUAUACAAAGAGCUACCUUGUGGAGAUGUGAUAUGUUUCACCUUGUGGAUAUAAGUUAUCUAUGUGUUCAGAAUGCAGAGUAAUGAUGAUAUCCUGAGAUAAUUCUUGGAGGUAAUCUUUCCAUUUGAUAUAAAGGGAAAUUUCUCCUCGUUUUGCCUGGAGUAGUUCUCCUAACAUUAGCAACAGUGGUGGAAUUAUCUACUGAUGAACAACUAACGAAGCGCAUGAUGAGUUAGAUUUUUGGUUUGAGAAGUAACUAUAUAUGAACAGUGUAGAGUCAUGGACACCCAGCAAGGACACUUAGGACAGCAUCUUCUGUUGAUCCUGAGAACUGUCAUGCUCGACACAUCCUCUGCGCAACAUAUUGUAAAACUAGUCGAGGUUGAUCAUAGUUGGCAGGAUCUUGCUGAGUACACAGGUGAUGGGUCAGUUGACUUUAGAGGUUAUCCUAUUUUAAAACGUAACACAGGGAACUGGAGAGCGUGUUCAUUGAUUCUUGGAACUGAAGUAUGUGAACGUUUGGCCUACUAUGGCAUCUCAAAAAGUUUGGUCACUUACCUUUCAACAAGAAUGCAUGAAGGAAAUGUCUCUGCGGCAAGGAACUUCACAACCUGGCAAGGAACUUGUUAUCUCACACCACUUAUUGGAGCAACCUUAGCAGAUUCGUACUGGGGAAAGUACAGAACUAUUGCUGUUUUCUCCACUAUUUACUUUCUUGGGAUGGCAGCAUUGACACUUUCAGCAUCAGUUCCUUCUUUCAUGCCCCCUCAAUGUGUCGGAUCUAUUUGUCCACAACCGACGUUACCUCAGUAUCUUGUAUACUUUGUUGGACUAUACAUGAUUGCUUUGGGAGCUGGAGGUAUUAAGCCAUGUGUCUCAUCCUUUGGUGCUGACCAAUUUGAUGAUACUGAUCCAGUUGAGAAAAGAAAGAAAGGCGCUUUCUUCAAUUGGUUUUAUUUCUGCAUAAAUAUUGGCUCUUUGAUCUCUGGCACUGUUCUUAUUUGGGUACAAGAGAAUUGUGGAUAUGGCAUUGGAUUUGGCAUCCCUACUUUUUUCAUUGCCUUAGCUAUUGGGAGCUUUUUUAUAGGCUCAGAGAUAUAUAGAUUUCAGAUACCAGGAGGAAGCCCACUUACAAGAGCAUGCCAGGUAAUUGUGGCAGCCACUCGCAAGCGAAAAGCGGAUUCACCUGUUGAUAGCUCUCUUCUCUAUGAGCUUGAUGGUAAGAGUUCAGCUAUUGAGGGGAGUCGUAAGCUGGAGCACAGUAGUGAAUUCAGUUUCCUUGACAAAGCUGCAGUCAUUCUGUGGAAUGAACACGGUGGUUCUAAUGAUCCAUGGAGACUUUGCACUGUCACACAAAUUGAAGAGCUUAAAAUAUUGCUGAGGAUGUUUCCAAUCUGGGCAACAGGCAUUGUGUUCUUCACCGUGUGUGCUCAAAACUCAUCAAUGUUCAUAGAACAGGGGAUGGCCCUCAAUAACCAAAUUGGUUCUUUCAAGAUUCCACCAGCCACUCUGUCAUCCUUAGAUGUUAUCAGUGUUGUUGUUUGGGUUCCAAUUUAUGAGAGAUUAGUUGUGCCCAUAGCCAGGCGAUUCACUGGAAAAGAGAGAGGUUUCUCAGAGCUUCAACGAAUGGGAAUCGGUUUAUUUGUGUCUACAAUCGCAGUGGCAGUUGCAGCAUUAGUUGAGAUCAAGCGUCUGCAGGUCGCAAGGGCGGAGGAUCUGGUUCAUCAGAAGGUACCUAUUCCCAUGAGCAUCCUUUGGCAGGCACCUCAGUACUUGCUGGUCGGUGUGGGGGAGGUGUUCACAUCAAUUGGUCAAGCUGAGUUUUUCUACAAUCAGUCACCAGACGCCAUGAGAAGCCUAUGCUCAGCUUUUGCUCUUGUUACCGUGUCACUCGGGAGUUAUCUCAGCUCAUUCAUCUUGACCCUGGUGUCAUAUUUCACGACUCGAAAUGGGAAAUUGGGGUGGAUUCCUGAUAACUUGAAUGAAGGCCAUCUUGACCGUUUUUUCUGGCUGAUAACCGGCCUCAGCUCUCUUAAUCUCCUAGUUUUCCUAUAUUAUGCCCAACAAUACAAGUGCAAGAGAGCUUCUGUUGCUUAAAGUUCUGGGUUUCCUUUUCCUCUUUGCUAUUUAUUUGUAUUUGUACAGAAAAUCUAUAUGUCCAAUUUGCUUAUGCUGAAAAAUGACGAUGAAUGCAAAAUUACCUGUGGAGUGUACAGUA